CCAAGAGCGACAUCAUCAAGGUGGGUCCGAUAAUCGAGGCCAAGGGUUAGUUUUAUUCCCGUUUUCUCCCAGAUUCAACUAGACUAGGCUAGUACUACGAUAGUACCUAUAUUUCUUUAUCAAGGGGCCUGUAUGCUUUUCCAACAUCAUGAGUGAUGAUAACAAAGGACCGCUGGUAAUCUCUGCAAAAGAGAAAACACCUAAACGAGUCACCCCAGGGAAACCUAGAAAAGGUGGAACAGUGAUUGGUCAGGUCCCAGAUGAACUCAGGAAUGAUCCAUUACUCCAAGAUGCCAUGAAGAGUCUUCCCCAAAAUUAUAAUUUUGAAAUCCCAAAGACGAUAUGGCGGGCAAGGUCUAUUGGUGCAAAAAGAGUUGCUCUUCAGUUUCCAGAAGGCCUGCUUCUAUUUGCUUGCACAAUUGCAGAUAUCAUUGAGAGGUUUACCGAUGCAGACACAUUGAUCAUGGGUGAUGUGACCUACGGGGCAUGUUGUGUGGAUGACUUCACAGCUAGAGCCCUUGGGGCAGACCUCAUGGUUCAUUAUGGACAUAGCUGCUUGGUUCCGAUCAACAUCACAUCAGAUAUCAACAUGCUGUAUGUGUUUGUGGAUAUCCAGAUUGAUACAGCUCACUUCAUAGAUACCAUCAGACACAACUUUGAUCCUGGGUCAUCUAUAGCUCUCGUCAGUACUAUCCAGUUCAUUGGAGCCGUGCAUGCUUCUGCAGGAGAGUUGAAGUCAGACUACACAGUGGUACUACCUCAAGCUAAACCUCUCUCAAAAGGGGAAAUAUUAGGCUGCACGGCACCUCAGCUCAGUCAAGUUGAUAACAUUAUUUAUUUGGGAGAUGGUAGAUUUCAUCUGGAAUCCAUCAUGAUAGCUAAUCCAUCCAUCGAAGCUUACAAGUAUGACCCAUACAGCAAAGAAUUCACCAGGGAGUAUUACGAGACGGAGCGAAUGCAUGGUGUACGUCAAGAAGCUAUUGAGAAGGCCAGACAUGGCAAGAAGAUUGGUCUCAUCUUGGGUACCCUAGGAAGACAGGGCUCUCCUAAAGUUCUUGAGAGUCUGAAGGAGCAAGUGACAAAGGCAGGGAAGGAGUAUGUUGUUGUUCUUCUGUCUGAAAUCUUCCCUCAAAAGUUAGAAUUGUUUGCUGACAUUGAUGCAUGGGUGCAGAUUGCCUGUCCACGUCUGUCCAUCGACUGGGGAUAUGCCUUUCCUAAGCCCUUACUUUCACCGUAUGAGGCUGCUGUAGCCUUCAAGUCCACUGAAUGGCAAUCGCGUUACCCUAUGGAUUUUUAUGCUAACGAUAGCCUGGGUCCAUGGACGCCUAACAACCAAGCUCAUCGACCUACAAGACAUACUAGGAAAUCAAAAAUUGUAAAAGAUAAAAGUGACACCUCAAAGGACAUCCUGAAAACUGAGGGUGCAAUAUCGGUUUCUCCCCAGCAAGAUGAGACAAAUAGGUGAAAGUGCAAGUCGUUAAGAAAAUUGAGUGUUAGAAGACUGUCAAAGAUCAAAUCAGUGGAGAGUGGUGAUGACAUACAUAGUCAACAACUCAUGAUGGUGCCUUAAUUAAUUCAACAAAUCUUUGAAAAAUCAUAUCUCUUGACUGAGUAUUUAGUCUUGUUGAUAUGUUGCACUGAGGUUUAUUGCAUUUUGAUCAUCAUUAUCUCAUUGUUUGGAUUACGAAUUGUUUUAAUAUAGUCAGAAGAGAAUUAAAGACCAGUGACACUAAAACUUUGGUAUAAUUUUAUCAUCAUAAUAGUAAUUAUAAUAAUGGCAUAUUUACCAGGGAAGCCACUUCAGUACUGAAAACUCAAGCAUUCAAGGAAUUUCUUCCUACCGGGUACCCAUUCACCUCACUUGGGUCGAGUGCAGCACAAUGUGGAUAAAUUUCUUGCCGAAGGAAAUUACGCCAUGGCUGGGAUCGAACCCACAACCAUCUGUUUCAAAGUCCGGAGACUAAUCUACUGGGCCACAACGCUCCACAUGGCACCUCUGCCUUAGCUGUCAUGGCUGCUUUGGUACCUUGUAAGGCAACCAGUGCCCCUAGGGUACUCUUCGUCCUCACGCGCCACCCCAACAACCAAUAUGUCAUUAAGAUCAUCAACAAUAACUGCCACCUCUUGAGGUGUGACUGAGCUACCACAGAAAUCUUCAGUCUUCGACUUCAAGUAGCUACCUCUGUGACUAGCCUCCUCCUCACCUUCCUUACAGUGGUACCCAUUCCAACUAUAAUAGGUCCUUAUCAAUUUAUGCUAUCCAGAGCAUUUAUUGUCAUCAGUUCAACAAAGGAGAAAUUAAGAAUCGAAUACUGACUGAUGACUGAGUAUUUGAGAUCCAUACGACUCAAAUGGACUGGAUAACGUGUUAUUGCACCCUUUAAUUUUCACAACAAUAAUUUUGAGAAAUUUUAAAAUGUGCGCAGUUUGCAGCCCACCCAAUGCCAACAAUAUACACAAGGAGGAAGGUAAACAUGAUUUUUCAACUUGGUUGCCUCCAACCAAUAGGGAUAAAUGUUUCACCCACAUUUCCUAUGACAUAAUUUUAUUUCCUUUUGUUUUAUUUUGCUUCCUAUUGUUUUGUUUUCUGCUUUCUUCCCCUUUUCUCUGUUUUUGUUGUUGUUGUCCUAGUAGCUAUUCUUCAUUUCUCCUCCCAUCCCUUCUCCACUCUUAUUUUUACUAUUUUUGUUAUAUUCUCUUUUCUUUUUUCCCCCUUUAUCAUUUACUUGAUUUUACCUCCUUUUGCGUCCUUUUUACUUUUUCUUUUUUUUUAAACCCCUUUUCUCACCCUUUCCUCUGUUUUGUUGCCCUCUCUUUCCUCAAAAUACUUUCUGAUAUAAUUAUUGUUGCUACAUCACCAUUUGGCAUGCUUUGCUUUUUGAUGUGAUCUGUUGACUUUAAUUAAUGUUGUCAUUCCUUGAUAAAGGGCUAUACUAGGAAAAUAUGUUUGUUUUGUUUUUCAUAUUGAGUUUCCUCAUACAAAUAAAUAAAUAAAUAUAUCUUAAUGGUGGAAGUGGUUUGUGGUACACUGUGUCCAGUCCAGGAAUGACUGAGAUAGAAAGUGGAUAGAAAUGGAGGUGACAUGGAAAGGCAAAAAAGUGGAGGUUGGGAAGAAAGAGUAUUAUUUUUGAUUGAAUGUCAUCCUUAAAAGGACAGUAAACCAGAAGGAGUGGAAAACUGAGUAGUAGGCAGGGUGAGAGGCUUGGUUUCAGUAGAUGAGAGAGGCAGGCCUUGAUCGGCGAGUGGAGCAGGAGAAUAGACUCUUCAUUUUGGGCAAGUCGACUGUCCAUCUUCCGGAGAAGACCUCUCUCAUUUACUCAAGCCUCGUACUUCUAUUUCUAAUAAGUCAAUUCAAAUUUAGAAAAUGUUAAUAAAAUCCCUCAUCUCACCCUGUCUUUUCUACCAACAGCUGGGGCCCGUUGCAUAAAGCACCUACAACUGUUGUAACUUUGUCAUGCCAACUACCAUGGUAACAGGACUCAGCAGCCAAUCAGAAUGAAGGUUUCUAUGGUAGUUGCCAUGAAGGCAAGGUUACAACAGUUGAAAGUUAAGUCCUUUAUGAAACAGGGCCCCAGGUCUUCUAAACAAAUCAAGAAAAAUCAAGCAACUAUAUAACUAGACAAGUAGACAUUUCAUGUAAAUAGGAUGUGAAAUAAAAAAAAUUAUGACAUUUUAAGUGAUAAGCAAAUAAAAAUGGCAAUGAAUCAAAUC